UUAACCUCCAGUGCUCCACACUCCUGUCCAGUAGGUGGCAGUAAUUCACCAACACUGGUUUACCAACCGCCAAUAAACCUCAGAAGAAGAAGAAGAAGAAGAAAAGAAGGCGGAGGAGAACAACAACAACAACAACAACAAGAUGCCUGGACGUAGAUCUUCACAUGAAAGUGAGCGUCCUUCUCCGCACGCGCUUCGUAUCUCUGAUACACUGCGUAACAUCACUAAAGAUGCACCACUGCUCAGAUUGUGGGGAGAGUUUUACUAAAAGUUGUCAUCUAAAAGAUCAUGAGCGAAUCCACACAGGAGAGAAGUCAUAUGUGUGCUCACAGUGUGGGAAGAGUUUUAGUCAAGAAAGUAGUCUCAAACAACACGAGCGCAUUCACACGGGAGAGAAGCCGUAUCACUGCUCACAGUGUGGGAAGGGUUUUGCUUAUCAGAGUCAUCUCCAACAACACGAACGCAUUCACACAGGAGAGAAGCCAUAUCACUGCUCACAGUGUGGGAAGAGUUUUACUUGUCAGAGUCAUCUGCAACAACACGAACGCAUUCACACGGGAGAGAAGCCGUAUCACUGCUCCCAGUGUGGGAAGAGUUUUAGUCAAGAGAGUAGUCUCAAACAACACAAGCGCAUUCACAUCCAAGAGAGGCCGUAUCACUGCUCACAGUGUGGAAAAGGUUUUCGUCACCAGAGUGCCGUCUACAGCCAUCAGCAGAGUCAUACAGGACAGAAGCCGUACCACUGCUCAGAUUGUGGGAAGAGUUUUACUUACCCAAGUCAUCUCCGACAACAUGAGCGCAUUCACACAGGAGAGAAGCCGUAUAACUGCGCACAGUGUGGGAAGAGUUUUACACAACUAUGUACUCUCCAAAAACACCAGCGUAUCCACACUGGUGUACGGCCGUAUAACUGUAGACAAUGUGGGAAAAGUUUUACUCAAGAGAGUAAUCUUCAGACACACAAGCGCAUUCACACGGGAGAGAAGCCACAUCACUGUUCACAGUGUGGGAAGAGUUUUACCCAGCUAUGUACUCUCCAAAAACACCAGCGUAUCCACACAGGUGUAAGGCCGUAUCACUGUGGACAGUGUGGGAAAAGUUUUACUCAAGAGAAUAAUCUUCAGACCCACCAGCGUAUUCACACAGGAGAGAAGCCGUAUCAAUGUGGGCAGUGUGGGAAAAGUUUUUGUGACCAGAGUGCCCUCUAUGGCCAUCAGCAGAGUCAUACAGGACAGAAGCUUUACCUCUGCGGACAAUGUGGACGGAGCUAUACUCAUUCAAGUUCUUUAAGAACACACAAGUGCUCUAACAUAAAGCCAUCAGAUCUUGAUAUAGCGCUUCCUUCUCCGCACGCGCUUCGGAUCUCUGAUACUCUGCGUAACAUCACUAAAGAGUCCAGACGCCGCUCUUUAGGAAAAUCUCCACAGACUCCUGCUGCUACUGGCUCAAAGAUGUACCACUGCUCAGACUGUGGGAAUAGUUUUACCCAACUAUAUACUCUCCAAGAACACCAGCAUAUCCACACAGGAGAGAGGCCAUAUCACUGCUCACAGUGUGGGAAGAGUUUUACUUGCCAGACUCAUUUCCGACAACACGAGCGCGUUCACACAGGAGAGAAGCUGUGUUACUGCGCACAGUGUAAGAAGAAUUUUACCCGACCAUGUACUCUCCAAAAACAUCAGCGUAUCCACAAUGGUGUAAGGCCAUAUCACUGUGGACAGUGUGGGAAGAGUUUUAGUCAAAAGAGUAAUCUUCAGACACAUGAGCGCAUUCACACAGGAGAGAAGCCGCAUUACUGCUCACAGUGCGGGAAGAGUUUUACCCAACUAUCUACUCUCCAAAAACACCAGCGUAUCCACACAGGUGUAAGGCCGUAUCACUGUGGACAGUGUGGGAAAAGUUUUACUCAAGAGAAUAAUCUUCAGACCCACCAGCGCAUUCACACAGGAGAGAAGCCGUAUCAAUGUGGGCAGUGUGGGAAAAGUUUUCGUGACCAGAGUGCCCUCUUCAGCCACCAGCAGAGUCAUACAGGACAGAAGCUGUACCUCUGCGGACAAUGUGGACGGAGCUAUACUCAUGCAAGAACAUUAAGUACACACAAGUGCGCUAACGUAAAGCCAUCAGAUCUUGAUGUGUGAAUUUGUCAAAUUAAGAUACAUGUUAAUACGUGAUAAAUUUUUUUGAAGGGAAGUGAAGAGACUUUUGGCCAUAAAACUAUUAUAUUCUCUGAUGGAAUGGCAUCCAAUCCAUGGUGCCUUGAGCCCAGUGUUCCUGAUAUAGUUUUUAGAUUUACUGCAACCCUGACCAGGAAAACACACUGUAAGAUCAAUGAAUGGAUUUUUGUUGUACAGGUGCUUCUCAAAAUAUUAGAAUAUCGAGGAAAGGUUGAUUUCCUUGAGCUGUAAGCCGUGGUCAUCAAGAUUAAAACAAAACAACAACAAAAAGGCUUGAAAUAUUUCACUUUAUGUGUAAUGACUCUAGAAUAUAUGAAAGUACCACUUUUUAAAUUAAAUUAUGGGGAAAAUGAACUUUUCCACUAUUUUCUAAUAUUUUGCAAUGCACCUGUAUAUAUGUUUCUUUAAGAAGUAAGGUAAUCUUUGUAUAAUCUGCAGAAUUUUUACUGCAGGAUCACCAUCACAAUCGUGGAUGUACAGUGAAUGGAGCAUUGAGAGAGUACAUUACCAGGGGUCUGGGUUUGAUGACCUCUUCACUUUGGUAAAUCUCAUGUUUAAUAAAGAAUCAAAUUUAUACUUUCCUUAUUAAUCAACAAAAAUUCUCCAUAAUGCAAAUCAUAAACAGGUUUUCUCAACAGGUUUUAAAAUGUGAAAUAUUACAUAUUUAAAUCUUCAGAUGUUUUGCUUUAACUGUCACAGGUAAGCUCAUGCAUAUUCAUCAUCUUUAAUGUUUUUCCAACUUGAAUAAAGUUUACAUCAGUAGAUUUGGAAUGAUGCUAUUAUUCUGAAUGCUGGGCAAAAGUCCACCAAAAGGAUUCUAGUAUAACAGACUAAACAUUUCAGAUAUCUCAGAAUAAACCUGGCACACCUCCUCACAACCUUUUGAACCAAUAGACCACUUUUGGGAGGAUUUUGGGAGAUUCACAGCAUGAAAGUGCACCUGAAAAAUCUGCAUGUCGACAUGGACCAGAAUCUGAAAGGAAUGUUUCCAACAUCUUACAGAAUCCAUGCCAUGAUGAAUUGAGGCUGUUCUGAGAGCAAAGGGAGGCCCUAACCAGUAAUUAGUGUACUACAGUCGUUGGUUUCUAA